UGUUCAUCCUGCCCAUCUUGAAGCCUCUGAUAUCGUCGCCGGUUCUCACAGCGUCCAACGCUUGCCCGGGCCCUCGGCAGUCUCUCGCAUCCGCCAGCACCCACAUCUGGCCUGUUGGCUCACGCCCGACCCCGUCGACGGUCGCUCACCGACAUACGCAAGCGCAGCGCCGCCCGUGGACUACUAACGCAUUGUGCGCGCGCGCCCAAAGGAGACGAGGGCGUUCCAAACACCCAACUGCCUCUCGUGGAUAGGCUGUCUGCAGCACGACACAGUGCCGGCCACGAGAGUGAGGCAAAGCUGCUGGAGUCAUAGCUGCUGGAGCGUGCCCUCGCCCGCAAAGACAAGCCCAGCCCCCCCCCCCCCCCCUUGUGGCUCGUUAUCCACUCCAUACACGACCUGGUUGACCAGCGCCGUGCUGCUGCGGCCACCGUCGCUGCCGUCCACCCCUUGUCGUUGUUGUCGUCGCAAGCCCGGCCACGGUGAUCGCGCGAUAGAGGAAUAAAAUAUACUCGUCGUCGGUCCGCUUACAGGUAAGCCACCGCUCCGCUCCUUCCUGCCGCGCACUCGCCGCGGCGUUGCUUUCCCGUUUGCGCACGUUCGCCGCCGCUACCGGGUGUCCUCCUCCAUCCCGGGUGGUCGCUGGCGUCAUGGUGUGUCGUCGCGCUCAGCUGUCGGUGCGUUUCAAUUGCAUUGCCGCAUCGUGGUUCCUGCCGUUGGGGCGACCGCUGUGUGUCUGGCUUGGCCGGGCGGACGGGGUGUCGUCGCGGGCAAAUGGGAUGUCAUGUUGGCAUGUGUUGGGGAAUGGGAUGAGGUGAGAUGAGAUGAGACGGCGGGCGUCGUUGGACGGCGGAGAUGCAUUUUGACCGCCUGCCUGCCUGCGGUUGUGCAACAUCUACUUGUCCCGUACACGUGUUGCCUUGGAUCUCGUCGAAGGCGACCAAUGAUCUUGAGUCUGGUCCUGCAACGGCAGCGCCGCCGCCUCACUUCCAAGGGCUCGUCAGGGCUCACCAGCAGGGCUCCAAAGUGCCCCCUUCCUUACCCUGACGCGACGCCCCGAGCUUAACUCAACCUCGUCUCACCACCACCACCCAACUAACCCGCAUGACAAACGCACCGCAGCUGCGGCCGCUGCGGCAUUACAACGACGACGGGCCUGGCCUGGCCUCACCACCACCGCCCACCCCCCUUCUUCCCUGCAUCUCCGGUCUGGGCCUGCCAGUGCAGACCCCCAGUCCAGAACCUACCUUGCUUGUACCUCUGCGCCUUCAACUCCCAGCAUGGCGUCGCGACCGCGCCGCUCGGCCGCUACCAGGGCCAAUGAGUCCAUUUCCGUGCACGCCAGAUGGGCUGACGCAUCUGACAAGAUUGAUCGCAACACCAUGUCCUCACGGAGAUCUGGCCGCACCUCGGGCGCCUCCGCGCUGCGCGAUGCCCCGUCUUCGCCUGAGGACUCCAACAUCAGCGUCAAUGUGAAGACGUCGACAUCUAGGUCGCGACAGGCCGCCCGCGGCACGGCGAGAGGACGCGCCGAGAAGUUUGAGGGCGGCGAAAUCGUGACGGGCACCCGGAAUCGCGGGGGGCGCAAGAACUAUGUGAUCGACUCCAGCCCAGACGAUGACGAGGGAGAGGAGGAGGAAGCCGAGAUUGAUGACGCCGAGGAAGACGACGAUGACGUCGAGGAAGACGCCGAGGGCGAGGAGAUGGAAGUUGAUGCCGAGGGCGAAGACGUCGAUGCCGAAGGCGAGGAAGAUGCCGAGGGUGAGGACGCAGACGGCGACAUAGACAUGGGUGUUCGUACCGCUCCCACCAUCCGGGUCUCGCACUCGUCAUCGACCCGUCCCGCCGCCCGGGCGGCCGCCUCCAAGAUUGUGGCCGACGAGGACGAUGAGGAGGACGACGAUGACGACGAGGAGCUCAGCGAUCCUGGUGAGAGCGAUGGCGGCGACCAGACGCUGGGCUUCGCAGACGAGACAAUGGCCGACGACGACGAGGACGCUGAGGGCGAGGAGAUUGAGGUGGCCGGCGAGGAAGAGGACGACGAGGACGAGGUCGAGGAGGAAGAGGCCGGGGAAGGGCGCCCCCGGGCGGCAGAGCUCGACAGCGAUGAGGAUGGGAGCCAGGCCGGCAGUCCCGACCUGAACAAGAUGACCAAGCGACAGCGAGCACGGUUCGAGGAGGAGCCUCAGGAGUACAUGAAGCUGUCCGACGAGGUCCAGGUCAAGAAGCACUUCACAGCCGAGGAACUCUCCAUGCGUCGACAGGAAAUGGCCCGUCGGCGACGUAACCUUAGCGAGAAGAGAACUGAGGAAGUCAAAAUGGAAACCAUCAACAAGCUCCUCAAGAAACAAGCCCCCAAGAUCAACCGCAAGGCCGCCGCGGCCGCCGCGCGCGGGGGCUCGCCCGAGGACGACCAGCCCAAGGCGGACCCCCUCUUCAUCCGCUGGGUCAGCACCAAGGGCGGCGUCAGCGUGUCCGUCCCGGAAGACAUUGUCAACGGGCCGGCGGGUCGGGUCUUUGCCAAAGGCGGCGGGCUCGAAUCGGGCAAGAUGGUGGAGGAGGUGGCUUGAGCGCGUCGCCGCCUUGUCGCGUGUAUCAUUACUUUUUUCCCUUGGCUUUUCUUCGCCAUGACUAGAAUCCAGCAACAAACAGGACGCCUUUGUAUGACCAUGGGAGACUGGCCGUGCUCUGUGGAGAUGCUCCUUUCGCUCAGCGGACUUGUGCUUGGCGUUUAUUCCCGACAUUCGCCUGAUAAUGCAUCGGCGCUCUAUGUCUAUCACAUGCGUCUUGAUGCUUUCAUAAAGCGAACGGCAUCGUCCUGCAUUGUAGCGCACGACAGCCUGAACGAACUGGCGCAAGGAGCGCGGGUCUUGGACUAGACUCGAGUGCCAUGCUGGCUGUGUUUACCUGCCGUGAGUAGCAGCUAGGUACUAAUGGCACUCAGCAUGUGAGGUAUACUCGAGAAGGAAGCCCGGCCGUCGCCGGCGCUACGUUGGGCAGACGGAGGCACGCAUCGCCUGCACGGGCUGACUGCCGAUGCAGCACGUACAUACUUACGUCCGUACCUACAGCACAUAUACGCACGGGAUACUGUAGGCCAAAGAAAGUGUGGACAUGACGCACGCC